AUGGGAAAGACUUCUUCCACAUCAAGACUCAAUCUUCCAGGGAGAUAUGCAUGGGCCGCAGCUGAGUCAAUUGGGCCUUUCAACCUAACUUACAUCCUCUGCACGCUGCCGUCUAAAUUGAAGCCAUCUCUCCAUUCCUCCUCGAGCAUCUUCGGCACUGGACUUCCUGUGCAGAGCGAGAUCCUGGGAUGUCUGUAUCUCUUACACUAUCUGAACCGUGCAGUUGUGUCUCCAUUGUUCCUAGCCCCGAGCAUGUCUCCAAUUCAUCCAAUUGUUUCUGCAUUGAUGAGCAUCUUUCAGUUCGUCAAUUCCAGUAAUAUCGCCUGUUGGCUUACCUACACGGUGGCCUCGGCAGACUUCCGACAGCAACCUCUGAUUUCGUUUGGCUCAGUGGUGGGGAUAGCACUAUUCCUUGGUGGGCUCGUCGGCAAUAUCAAGGCGGAAACAAAGCUGUUCGAGCUGCGGAAGGGUGCGGCUAAACGCAAGGCUAGAUCUGAAGGCAAAGCGGAAGUCACUUACGACAAAGUCUACGUGAUUCCUCCUGUAGAGGGUAUGUUCAGAACCAUCUUGUUUCCACACUACGUUCUGGAGUGGCUCGAAUGGAUUGGAUUCUGGAUUCUGGGAGGAUCCUGGGGGCUAGGAUAUGGCUAUUCGAGUCCAGCAUUGUGGUUUGUCCUGGUGGAAAUCGCAACCAUGCUUCCAAGGGCGGGGUCAGGGCGCCAGUGGUAUGAGCAGAAGUUUGGGAAACGAGCGGUGGCUGGCAGGGCCGGAGCGAUUCCAGGCUUGCUGUGA